AUGGUGGAUUUCGAUGUAGGGGCGUUCAUGAGCAGCUAUUCGCCCACUAUCGGCAUCGCAUUCUCCGGCGGAGGUUAUAGGGCAAUGCUGUCGGGUGCUGGGGAAUUCAAAGCGAUGGAUAGUCGAACUCCGGGGUCAACUGCCGUGGGAAACAUUGGUGGACUGUUGCAGAGUGCGAAAUAUAUUGCGGGUUUGUCAGGCGGAAGUUGGCUGUUGGGAAGUGUGGUGAUUAACAACUUCACCACCAUCGCCAAGUUACAGGCGGCGGGGAACGUGUGGGAUUUUGAGAACAGCAUCCUAGCUCCGGAAGGGGCAUUGCAUAUUGUGGACACUACUCUCUACUACAACGACCUUAACCGGGAAGUGCAGGACAAGGACAAUGCUGGGUUUGAUGUCAGUUUGACCGACUACUGGUCGCGCGCGCUUUCUCGCCAGUUUGUCAAUUACACUGAUGGAGGUCCGGGAAUAACUUACUCCUCGAUAGCGAAGACAGAUCGGUACAAGAACGCUGAAAUGCCGUUCCCCAUCAUUGUUGCGGAUGGCAGGAAUCCUGGGGAGACGAUCAUCUCUAGCAAUGCCACAGUCUACGAGUACAACCCCUUGGAGUUUGGAUCCUUCGAUCCUACUCUAUAUGCCUUUACCCCCAUGGGAUAUAUAGGAUCGAACGUCACCAACGGUGUUCCGAAUGAGAGUGGUGUAUGCGCUCGGGGUUUCGACAAUGUUGGAUUUGUGAUGGGAACAUCUUCAUCCUUGUUUAACGUCUUGAUUACUGAACUUUCCUCCACCGGCUUGCCCGGUGUUCUGAGGAAGCUCAUCGAGACUACCCUGAACUCAAUCUCCGCUGCUGAUAACGACAUUGCAGACUAUUCACCGAAUCCGUUCUUCGCUGUCAACCCUGACAUCAACCCCUCCGCGAAGACUAGAGAUCUGACACUUGUUGAUGGUGGCCUGGAUGGCCAAAACAUCCCUCUCCACCCACUUAUCCAACCAAUCCGCAAGGUCGAUGUUAUCUUUGCAAUGGAUAACUCUGCCGACACCAGAUCCAACUGGCCCAAUGGCACAGCCCUCAUCGCUACAUAUGAGCGUUCGAUCAAAGGUUCCCAAAGCAACGGAACCCUUUUCCCUUCCGUCCCAGACGUCAAUACUUUCAUCAACCUCGGCCUUAACAACCGCCCAACAUUCUUCGGCUGCGAUGGCCGAAACAUCACCUCAGACACGAACAAGUUCCCUCCAUUGGUAGUUUACAUCCCCAACUCACCCUACACCUUCAAUUCCAACAUCAGCACCAACCAGAUGGCAUACACAGCGUCCGAGCGUGACCUGAUGAUCGAAAACGGGUACAAUAUCGCGACCCGCGGCAACGCCUCCUUUGACGAGAACUGGCCCGCCUGCGUCGGUUGCGCCAUCGUUCACCGUGAGCAGGAGCGCAAGGGACAGACACAGACAGCGCAGUGCCAAAAGUGCUUCAAGGACUACUGCUGGGACGGGACGCGCAAUAGCGCUGUACCCAACGAUUACGAGCCCACGGCACUCGUCUCGGCCAAGAGCGCUGGCACAAAGAAUGGAGCGAAGAGCUGGGGAACAGUCAUUAUCGCGGUGUUAUCCGGGUUGGUGAGUGCUGUGUUGCUUUUGUAACGAAUCGAUCCACAAGUUAUAUGCUCCUCUUUCUCCAAUCGACCGAUCCACCGGCCUGGCCUGGCUCUUUCUCUCCCCUCUCACCUGGAAACUGCCGGAUCGAGGAGUUUGUCCGGGGCUUGAGGGGGGGGAUGCGUUGCUUUGUCUUUUUCUUCGCACUUGGAAGCCUGCAUUUUUGGGCGGAGAAGGAAUCUUGGGUCAUUCACGCAAUGUUCCAAUUCUUACCUUUCCCGUCUUCCUUCAUUCUAGUCUGGCCAUUGACCGCCGCGCCUCCGCUCUACCUACCUACCCUUCCUAAAACCUUUCUUUUCUCGAACGGGGCUAGGACCGGGACAAGCGGACGCUGGUAGUCAUUUUGUCUCCUGUAAAAUGUCUUUUUGUAUACCUUCUCUUCACCGGGUUUCUCAGCGAAGGGUUACUUCCUUUUCUUUUCCUUUCUUUUUCCUUUCUUUUUUUACAUAUUAUUUUAUUUUCUAUUACAUACCCUCAUUUGGCCUUUGUGUUUUCCUGUCUCUUUUGGGGAGGGAGUGUUUGUGGGGUUGGAUUCAGGUGUUUUCUCUUUUGCAAUAUGAUACUUUAAGUGAGGGGGGAAGAGGAGGAGGAAGAUAGGAUUGAAUUAUCACUUGAAAGGAGAGGACAAAUAAAUGCAUGUAUACAGUACACUA